CUGAAAUAGAAAUAAUCAGUCCGCGAGGAACUUCCCUUGGGUAACGCACAGCUGCAUUUCACCGCGGUUAUCGCUUUCUACAUUGUGGGUACACUCAACCGCGCCAGAAACCAUGAGCGCAACGAAUAAGGAUAGUGAUAAAGAGGCGGAAAGACCAAGUAAUGAUGGCGGAGAAAAUCCAGGCGGCUCGAAGGGUGACGGUGGCAAAGAAAAUCCUGGCGGCUCGAAGGGUGACGGUGGCAAAGAAAAUCCAAGCGGCUCGAAGGGUGACGGUGGCAAAGAAAAUCCAGGCGCCACGCCUGGAAAAACAGAGAUAGCAAGGAGAGGCAAGUUUGAGUUCGCAUCAGAUCUGUCAAAUUAUAUCCAUAAAGUUCGGGAAGAGUAUUGGAAAUGUUUAGAAAGCGACAAAGAGGAUAAACAAUUUAUAGGUGUCGUUCUGUACAUUGUUGAAAAAUUUUCCCUCCGGAGUGGCACUAAGGAUCCCGAAUUUCUGGAUGAUCCAACGGGUGUUUGCAGGUUAAAAAAUGGCCACAUCACUUUUCCCGAAGAUGGUUCCGUUCACUUUCACUUUAACGGUAAGUCCAACAUUACGUACGACAAAAUACAUCCGGUGGAACCAAAGGUCUACGAUAUUUUGAAAGAACGGGCAACAGGCCGCGAGUCCGAGGACCUCUUUCCUGGCACAACUGCGCAGCAAGUUAACGAAUGUUUGAAAGGAAUAAUGCCGGGCCUUACUAUGAGGGUGUUCAGAACGUACAACGGAUCGCUGAUAAUGCAGAAUGAGCUCGAGAACGCGACUCCGCCUUUCAACAAAAAUACAUGCAAAAAGUCGACCUAUCACUGA